CUGAAGGCAUCAGUGUUGUUGUGGUCUGGCGUGCAUGAAUGUGUCGAGUAUCUUUGUUGAAUAGUUUGCUAUCAAGUUAACAGCGCUUUUGUUAAGUACUCUAACUAAUAACACAUUUGCUAGGACGUUGUUCAGACGUUAGAGCUGCUAAAUAUAUUUCACAGGGGGGUCACUAACUCGUUAUUCGGUAAAGCUGAAGCUAGCAGCUAGCUGCGGCUGCUAAAUAACAACAGGAGCAAAACAGGAAACACUGGCAGAGGACACUAUUAUCUAAAACUGAAAUAAUUUAGUUUGUAGUGUUGUCGGUAAAAUUCGUGCUGUAAGGUUGCCCUGACUAAAAGGUCCAUGAUGGGCAUGGCCACAAGAAUAGAGUGCAUUUUUUUCAGUGAGUUUCACCCUACUCUGGGCCCAAAGAUAACAUAUCAGGUCCCAGAGGAAUACAUUUCACGGGAGCUCUUUGACACAGUUCAGGUUUAUAUUAUCACCAAGCCAGAACUGCAAAACAAAUUAAUAACAGUCACUGCCAUGGGAAAAAAGCUAAUCGGGUGUCCUGUGUGCAUCGAACACAAGAAGUACAGUCGAAACGCCCUCCUUUUUAACCUUGGCCUUGUUUGUGAUGCCCAAACCAACACAUGUGCCCUGGAGCCAAUUGUAAAGAAGCUGUCUGGGUACCUCACUACUCUGGAGCUGGAGAGUGGGUUUAUUUCCAAUGAGGAGAGCAAGCAGAAACUUCUACCCAUCAUGUCGACCUUGAUGGAAGACCUCAAUGCCACAGGAGCCUGUACUUUACCAAUUGACACAUCAAACACCAUGCAUCUAAAGCUCAUCCAACUGCGGAAGGACCCCCCAAUCGUCCAGGAGUAUGAUGUGCCAGUCUUUACCCAGUGCAAAGAACAUUUUAUCAAAUCUCAGUGGGAUCUCACCACUCAACAGAUCCUGCCGUAUAUUGAUGGAUUUAGACACAUCCAGAAGAUUUCAGCUGAGGCGGAUGUAGAGCUGAAUCUUGUUCGCAUUGCUGUGCAAAAUCUCAUGUAUUAUGGUGUCGUGACUUUGGUGUCCAUAUACCAGUACUCUAAUGUUUACUGCACCACUCCCAAAGUACAGAGCCUCAUGGAUGACAAGUCCAUUCAGGAGGAGUGCCUCAACUACGUCACCAAGCAGGGCCAAAAGCGGGCCAGUCUGAGAGAUGUGUUUCAGCUGUACUGUGGUCUGAGUCCAGGUACCACAGUCCGAGACCUUUGCUCUCGCUACUCGCAGCAGCUUCAAAGGGUUGACGAACGGAGGCUGAUCCAGUUUGGACUGAUGAAGUCUCUCAUUCGCCGGCUGCAGAAAUAUCCGGUGAAGGUGAUCCGUGAUGAGAGGAGCAGGCCGCCUCGACUCUUUACCGGUUGUCAUAGCUAUGAUGAGAUCUGUUGCAAAACAGGGAUCAGUUACCAGGAACUGGAUGAACGUUUGGAAAAUGAUCCCAACAUCGUGGUGUGCUGGAAGUGAUGUGAUAUGAACU